GAUAGCUUCCAUGGACACAGAGAUGGCAUCUUGGAAAUCCACCAGCACGUACGUCAACGCAGUUCCCCCACCUGGGGCAAAUGUAGUCGAGGACCAGCGGCUCUUCAAGGUGAAGCGCCCUCCUGGAGAGCCGCCUGUGUUCAAAGCACACUACGCUGCUAGAGGCUUCAAACAGCGCAAGGGGGUGACCCUUCGCACUUACGCUGAGGCGACCUCGGAAACUUGGGCCUCUCAGUGGAUAGCUGCCAUGGAGCAGGAGAUGGCAUCUUGGAGAUCCACCUGCACCUACAUCGACGCAGUUCCCCCACCUGGGGUGAAUGUAGUCGAUGGUCGGUGGCUCUUCAAGGUGAAGCGCCCUCUUGGAGAGCUGCCUAUGUUCAAGGCACGCUACGAGGCUCAAGGCUUCAGUCAGCGCGAGGGGGUGGACUUCUUUCAGACCGUCGCCCCGACCCAGAAGAUGACUACUCUUCGGGCGCUGCUACACGUAGCAGCACAUCAUGACUACGAGCUUCACUCCCUCAACUUCUCCACUGCAUUUCUUCAGGGCAGCCUACACGAGCAGGUCUACUUGCGCUGUCCUCAGGGCUUUGCUGGUACCUUCCCUCCUGGGACCCAGUGGCUCCUCCGGCACCUGGUCUACGGCCUGCGACAGGCGCCACGUGAGUGGCACGACACGCUGCAUGCUACGCUAGCUGACCUGUGGUUCUUUCCAUGCUCUGUAGACCCCUCGCUCUUCAUUCGUGCUGGCCAGACUCCGUUCUACAUCCUUAUCUACGUAGACGACCUGGUCUUCGCUACUGCAUACAGAGACGCACUGGCCUCCCUGAAGGCCGAGCUGCUGAGGAGACACACCUACACUGACCUAAGAGAGCUGCGCCCAGGGCUCCCGUUAACAGGGUAAUUACCCUGACUUGACUUCAAUUCUUAGGUUUUUUUCCAAGCGAUCAGGGUUUUUGAAAGGCUUUUUGGAAGAUAGCCAUGAAAGAGUACGUGAAAUUUUCAAGUGGCCCGGGUUCGUCCGGGAAAUUCUCCGAGGGGCUCGGCUUUUUUUCUCGUCCCCCCCCCGCAAAUACCCCGCCUGCCCCCUCUUACCUCUUCCCCGCCCCUCUUGCCCCUUCCCCCUCCCUCGUCACAAUUUAUGCCUCUGUGAUUGGUCGCAAGCGCGCUAGGUGAGGGACUUCCGCCUCGAGCCCACCGACGAGCGGAUCUCUCGUGCAGCAAAGCAGAGGCGGGAAACUCACCUUAGAGAAACAACACCCUCGCCCAGCAGUCUCCCACUAGGUCCCUCCCUUCCCUCACCUCCUCUCGUGUCGCUCACAAUACAUUGACCUAGAAGAACCCCUUCAGCUAGACACGGCCACUGUAUGUAUCGCUUUAGGCUCGCAAGAUUCAUAAGUUUCUGCAUAGUACUAGUCAAUAAUAGUUCUCAUCAACAAUGGACGACCUGAAUCUUUCGUUAGGCAAGGAAGGUGGCAAGGGGAAAACUGUUUCUCAGUCUAAGGUUCCAUGUCAAGAACGGACGACCAUUGAUCUCAACAGUAUUGAUUCAGUAGACAGUGACGAAGAGCCCUCUUCCUCCUGCCCCCAAUCCAUGCACGUUGAGCAGGCCAGGGUAGACUCUGACACCUUAGAACUUUACCCUGUUGGUACCUCAGAGAACUGGCCUAUCCACCGUCAUCCAUCCGACCCGAAUGUGGCCACAGUGCACCCGAGCACCUCAGUCCCAGUUAGGGCGAACCACCGCGGUCAUACGCAGCAGCGCCUGAAUUUUGCGCCACCUCCAUCUGGCAAGAAACGCAAGGGUGUUAGUGCCGUGGAGGAGGAACCCACCCCUCCCACUGAUCUGGCGGAAGCAUCCUCCUCUGACCUACCCAUUGUGGUUGAGGAGUUGCUGCUGAAAAAGUGGAUAGCCGAAUUCCCUUGGCUUCGCUUGCAGCUUGAGAAGUCGCUUGGAAAAUAUGGUAUGAAAUGUAGCGUCUGUGAGAAGUGGGCAGCAGACAAGUUCAACACCCCAUUCGGGCGGCCAGGACUAGGUGCACGUGGCAUACAGAGGUCUUGUGUUACAGGCCAUCACUAUAGCACCACCCACAAAAACGAUGUUGCUAACGAAACUAUGGAGAAGAAGCACGAAGAGCUUAAGCAACAAUGGGAGAGUUAUCAGCAUGCUCCGGGAAAAGUGCGUCGUGUGAUUCUUUGCAUGAAGAUCACAUAUUUCACAGGCCGACAUGACAUCCCCAUAAGCAUGUACCCCAUCUUGGCGUUGUGGUUGGUGGAGCUCGGUCUUGAGGACAUGCCACGGGUGGAGAAGAGCGGGACCUACUUUACAACAGAGGCUUUGGCUGCAAAAGAUGCUGCAUCAAAGCUCCCAGAUCUUGAGGUCGUUGACCAAGUCAUCAAGACCACGGCUGAACAGCUCGGCCGUUCCAACGUCCGGCGCGAAAAGUUCCUCAAUCUGCAGUACGCCAUACGCAAGACCGACUUACAGGUGCUAGGCAUGAUAGCCAUUUGGUGGCUGUCCCGUGGUGAGGCGGUCAUGCGCUUCUGUGAGGUCCUUCCCAUCUUGUUGUGGAUUUGGAAUGAGGAGGAGCACGCCCUCUUCAAGACAGCUACAAGCUUCAAGUUCCACUUCAUGUUGUACCUACUGGCUGAUGUGCUUUUCGUCCUCAACAAUCUCAGCAUGAAGUUCCAGGACCGCACAGUAGAUCUGACCACAGUCGCGGCUACGGUGGAUGAUGCAUGCUCUGCACUGAAACAGCGUUACGUGACGCCGGUUGGACGAUUCGGCGAAUUCAAGCAGAGCCGUCUAGCUCCGUUCUUGAAGAAGCACGCAAGCACCGAGAAGAGAGUCUUGGUGAUUGAGGGGGUGGAUGCCGAGGGUAACACGGUCAUGGACACAGUCCCUUUGCAUGAUGAACCCAUCGGAAAAGGUGCCUUGUACGGCACAUCUCCUGAGGAAUGCUAUGAUUUAGCCAAGGUGUUUGCUCAGGGGCUGAUUGAUGCACUCGAUAGUCGCCUGGACGACCUGAAAAUGGUCGACGGAGCUAAUCUAUUCCGCCCCAAAAAGUACCCAUUGCUGCAUACAGGGAAGAGGGAGAAGUACUGGUCCGACAACCUGGAUCUGCUGUUCAAGUUGUUUGACUAUAAGCUGCCAGGUGUGGGCAAGGAUGCAUGCGAUGCUGAUAUUGGGAUGUUGACCAACACUCUUCUCAAGCGCCACGAAAACUAAGGCUUCGCCCAAAGCUUGAAGAACAUCCUCAACACGAAUGAGUGGUCCUCAAGUUUCCCAUCGUUGGUCCAUCUGUGGAGGGCUAUUGCUGUGCUCCCUAUCAGCACGGUGGAAUUUGAAAGAUGUUUCUCAAGGCAAAACGUGAUCAAAAGUUGGGAUCGUACCUGCCUCUCUGACGUGAGAUUGGCGGAGUUGAUGGCGGUGAAGAUCCUCCACUAUGAGAUUGAUUGGGAUAGGGUGUACCACAUCUGGAGCAUCGCCAAGCCGAGAAGGCAGGCCAAUUUUUUAGGAGAUGAUUUGUAGGCGAGACAUUGGUUUAUGCUCGUUAAUACAUUUUUUCGUAGCUUUAUGUGUAAAACUUGGAAUACAUUAUCUAGAAAGAA